AUGACGUACCCCGACCUGACUACCUUCAAAGGCCUCUCCUUCGAUUGCUACGGCACUCUGAUAGACUGGGAAUCCGGCCUCCUCGCAGGUCUCGAACCUAUAAUCUCCCGUCUCCCUUCGGAUGACCCCCACCACGCGCAGAAACCGGAUCUCCUGGCGCAGCGCUUCGACAAGCUCUCCUCGGACCUCCAGGUCUCUGAGCCGGGGUUGCGUUAUAACGUCAACCUCGCGCGCUCGUUCUCUUCCCUCGCAUCCGAACUCGGCGUUUCCGUGUCGGAGGACGAAGCUAGGCGGUUUGGCGAGCUGCCCGGCACAUGGGCUCCCUUCCCCGACACGGUCGCCGGGCUGGCGGUGUUGAAGCAGCACUAUGAUAAGCUUAUCAUCCUCUCCAACAUUGACGAGGACAACAUCUCGUCAACGCUGGAGCACUUCCGGCCGCAGGUCGAGUUCGACGCGGUGUAUACCGCCCAGCGGAUCGGGAGCUACAAGCCCUCGCGCCGCAACUUUGAGUUCCUGUUUGAACAUGUCGAGGAGGAGCUCGGUGUGGCGUUCGGCAAGGGGGAGUUGUUGCAUGUCGCGAGGAGUUUGACGGCCGACCACGUGCCGGCGAAGCAGCUCGGUUUCAGGAGCGUAUGGAUUUCACGCGGCGGGGAGACGAAGGAGGGAGAGGGAGUUGGAGGGGACUAUGACAAGUUGAAGGGGGACGUGGCGUUUGAGUGGCGGUUCGACACGAUUGGGGAGUUUGCUGAGGAAGUGGACAGGCAGUUCCGGGAGAAGGCUUUGUAA